AUGACACCGGAUGACCUUUCGGUCGCGGAUGUUUUCAGCCCGCAGGCCGACAUGUCGCACUCUCGUGCGGACAGUACCAUGAACGAUGGCCAAGAAACCGGCUUCCGGAUCAGUGCCCGUAGUCCUGAGCGGAAGGUCGCAAUGAUGCCUCCCGCGGCGGUCAAUGGCACCAAACCCUUCCCUGCCCCGGAUUUGAAUGGGAAUUUCUUGGCUGGGAAGGCGGACCGUCGCAAGAAGAAGAAAAAGCAGGCGGCCGCUGCUCACGCGGUGGCUCCAGCCAUCUCGACCGUGCGUGGAUUCACCCCUCGCGGCUCGGGCGAUGAGGACUCGGACCGCUCGGCCUGCAGUUCGCGCGCGCCGAGCUCCCGUCCCCGUCCCCGUGCGCCAACGGGGACCGGCCCCAGCAGCCCGUUGGUCCAACCUGCCACCGGUUGUGGAGUGAGCGCCCUGAAACUGCAGCUGGAUUCUAUGAGCCUGUCCGGCCAGGGGACCCGCUCGGAGACGCCUAGCAAUGCCAGCGUCUGCUCGGACAGUGACCAGACGGAAGUCCUGACCAGCUACGAGGUGCCUCUGGAGCAUGACUACGUCAGCGCCGAUGCGGUAGCUGAGGAAAAGUCUCAGGAGGCGUCGAACGGGCGCGAUGUGCGCACUCAGCAGCUGUGUCGCAAGAUGGCGUCUGACGAUUUCGAGCCGCUGCUCUGCUUGGGCAAGGGAUCCUUCGGGACCGUGCUGCUGGUGCGCCACGUCCUGACGGGCAAGCUUUAUGCACAAAAGCAGUUCCGCAAGGCGUCGAUCACCGUGCACAAGAAGCUGGUGGAGCAGACCAAGACGGAGCGCAUGAUCCUGGAGAGCGUCAACCGCCACCCGUUCGUGGUCAAGCUGUUCUACGCGUUCCAGGACCACGAGAAGCUGUACCUGAUCCUGGAGUAUGCCGAAGGCGGCGAGCUAUUCCACCACCUGGCCAUGGAGCGCAUGUUCGACGAAGACGCGGCCGCCUUCUACAUGGCGGAGAUGGUGCUGGCGCUGGAGCACCUGCACCAGACGGUCGGGGUGAUCUACCGGGACCUCAAGCCGGAGAACUGCCUGCUCGACAAGGAAGGGCACUUGCUGCUGACGGAUUUCGGGCUGAGCAAGAUCGCCGUCAGCGAUGACGACCGCUGCAACUCGUCGCUGGGGACCAUCGAGUACAUGGCCCCGGAGGUCAUCCAGGGCAAACCUUACGGCAAGGCCUGCGACUGGUGGUCCCUCGGCGCCUUGGGUUAUGAUCUGCUCACGGGAUCCCCGCCCUUCAAGGCGAACAACAAUGCCAAGCUGCAGGAGAAGAUCCUCAAGCAGAAACUGGCCUUGCCCUACUUCCUGGGUCCGGACGCCAAGGACCUACUGACGCGCCUCCUCCGCAAGGAACCCGCCAAGCGGCUGGGGUACCACAUGCCCAAGGAUCUGCAGACGAUCAAGAGCCACCGCUUCUUCCGCAAAAUCGACUGGAAGGCCCUGGAGCGGCGCGAGGUGACGCCGCCCAUCGUGCCCGUGGUGACAGACCCGGCGCUGGCGGAGAACUUCUCGGUGGACUUCACGCAGCUGCCGCUCAGCCCGAUUGUGCAUGGGUUUGAUGAACACUACAAGGCGUCUCAGGCGGCGGUGCCGCCGGUCUCGCUGGGGCUGGGCGAGAGUAAUCCGUUCGGCGGGUUUAGUUUCGUGGCGCCGAGCAGUUUGCUAGACAAGGCGAUUGGGGUGUGA